UGUCAUUUCAAAAGACCGUUGAACGGGAUCGGUAGUUGGCCGCAGUGUUACGGAUCGCACGCGUCUGUGAAAACUCGAGAAAAUCCCGGUGAAGCACCCAGUGAAAUGACGAGUGACCAGUAGAUAACCGGGUUCAAUAAAACGAAAAACGAUAGAGAAAUACUAUCUACCACCACCUGAGUGUUCAGUCCAUUACGAUGGCCAAAAAGCAGGUGCUAGUCUUAACCCUAAUUUGCCUGGGUUCGCUAUUUUUGAAAACAGUGCCGGCUUCCACGGAAUACAACAAAUACGUGGCGCAGAUAUUUCAAAAAUACGGCAAUGGCGGGACAAUCAACUUUGAGGGUCUUGAGCAUCUGAUGUUCAGCCUGAACUUGGGUCAAAUCCAAUUCGAUCCCUCGCACACGAUCGAUCAGCAUCGACCUCAGGGAUACUCCAACGAGAUGCCGCAUGCCACAAAUGUCACGUACUACUUUGAGCCGACACGAGUCAAUGCCACCGAUGAGGAAGCUUUGGAGCUGCAAAUCUCUCCUCGUGGCAAUCGCUCAAAGUCGGAGUCGGAGGCCGAGGUUCCGGAGUUCCUAGAAAUGCAUGACCCCAAGCACCGACAUCCGCGGGAGAGUUCUGAACCUGUUGCUGCUUGCUUAUCACCAAAGUCAUUGCUUUCCCUCAUCGUGAACCACAACGAUCUCCACAAAAACAUUGCCUACCGCAAACUGCUCAUUAAGAAUGACGUUAGCUCAACUGAUGGCAUGCACAAUUCUGAAGAGGAAUACAACGAAUUCAUCAACUCGGUGCGGAUCACUCCGCGAGCUUUUAUGAAACUCUGUCCAGCUCUAUUAGCCCAGAUCGAUAAUGGAGUUUGCAAGCAACCAGCUGCACGAUCAGAAAACCUAAACGAUAAGAACCAGAAGAUAUGGUACGCUUGGAUUUAUGCCAGCAUCACUAUGCUUAUACUGUCCGCUUGCGGAUUGCUGGGAAUUCUUCUGGUUCCUUUGAUGAAGUCGGCUGCCUAUCAGGAAAUUCUCAAGUUCCUGGUUUCCAUCGCUGUGGGCACUUUAGCUGGCGAUGCCCUGAUGCACCUGCUCCCCCAUGCUCUUUUCAAGGAGGAAAAGCACGAGGAGGAAGUCACUGGUAUCAAUCCCUUGGAAUCUGAUCACAAACAUAGCAAUGAGGCGGCUCUGCUAUGUGGUUGUACUUUCCUGGCGGCACUAUUCAUGUAUAUGCUGGAGAACCUGAUUCCGCUGCUAAAGGGAAGCAAGCCGGGUCAUGGACAUAGCCAUGGACAUGGUCACAGCCACGGCCACAGUCAUGGACAUAUAGAUAAGCCCGCUGCGAAGGAUGUUGUAGAUCUUCCAACUCCUCGAGAGCUCAAUGUGAUGCUGCAGGAAGCCAAGCUGGAUGAGAAGACCCCUGAUCGACCGCUCACCCCAGUAGCCUUCAUGGUAAUCAUCGGAGAUGGCUUGCACAAUCUGACCGACGGUCUGGCCAUAGGUGCAGCCUUCGCAAGUGAUCCGGUCACUGGGUUUGCUACCGCCUUUGCCGUUCUCUGCCAUGAGUUGCCCCACGAACUUGGCGACUUUGCUCUGUUGCUUCAAACAGGUGUCUCCAUGCGAAGAGCCGUCUAUAUGAAUAUUGUCAGCUCAGUUCUUAGCUUUGUAGGCAUGUCCGUGGGUUUGUUUAUUGCGGGAAUUGGAGAUGGCAUGACACAAUGGAUUUAUGCAGCCACCGCUGGUUCCUUCCUGUAUAUUGCCUUUGCCGAUCUGGUGCCCACAAUGAGUGUGGCCCACAAUCCGGAGAUGGCAAAAGAUCCAAAGGGUAUAAUUAUACAAAUUUUUGGCAUCCUUCUGGGUGGACUGAUAAUGUUGGCUAUUGCCCUUAAUGAGCACGAUUUAGAGGGCUUGUUCAAGAGCUUUUAAAGAAUAGCUCUGAAUCUCAAACAUCUAUGUUGAUUUAGUUUUCUUAUUGUAGAUAGUAGUUUAAAAAUAUGUUUCUGUGGAAUCUCUGAUUCUCUUGCUUCUUUAAGCAUGCCUUACUUGUUGAAGAUGAAAUCGUUACCAAAUGUUAGUCUGUGGUCAGCUUUACAUAUGAUUUAAACAGCACCUUCCUUAGUGUUAUAGAAGCUUAAAUAUUAUUAAAAUAAAAGAACUGUGAGCAAAAAAGAGAAGACCUAGAUUUGGCAACUAAAAGAAUAUAGAAUCAUUAAAUCAUAAAAUAAGACCAAAGUGUUCUGUUAUAUAAAUUCUGCCUUACAAAUGCUAAAUCUAUAAAUAAUACGACCUAUCCAGAAUUUCAUUCCAUAAGAUAAUUAGCUUGUAAGUUAAAAUGAUAAAAGCACAAUUUUCUUUGCUCAUAU